AUGGCAAGUAUCAUCAAAAAUCAACUGGUCAAGCAUUUAUCAAAAUUUGCGCGAAAUCUAAAGCCGGAACAGAUUAGUCUCGAUGUAUUGAGGGGAAAGUCCGAGUUGAGGAACAUCGAGCUAAAUGAGGAAGUUCUCACGGAGGUCCUCGAGUUGCCUACAUGGAUGAAAAUUACGAAGGCGCACUGCAAUCGGGUGGCUGUUCGAGUACCAUGGACAAAGCUCAAGACAAAUCCGAUUGAAUUGUUCCUUGAUGAAGUUACGGUAUCAAUUCGAUUGGAUGCUGACCGUUCACCAAAACCACAACAAAACCCGAAAAAGCCAGACAGCAUUUACACCGACUCCGGAUCGUACGGGUUUGCCGAGAAAAUUGUUGAAGGAAUGAGCAUCUAUGUAAAUACGUUGGAAAUCAAUUUCGACUCGGGUGCCUUCGGCGGGUCUUUUAUGCUAUCCCGUCUUUCUGUCGAAUCACGAACUCCCGGCUGGGCAAUUGCCAAAGAUUUGAAGAAGACCAGGAUCAGUUGUCACAAUACAAAUCGGACUCUUGUAUAUAAGCAGGUUUCAUGGCAGCUCCUUCGCAUCGAAGCAUCAGCUCGAACAGCGGAAGAAACACAACGCAGAAAUAUCAAUGCGCCACUCCGUUUAAUAACUAGCGACGGGAAAAUUCGAAUCACCCUAAAAAAGGAUUCCACAAAUGGGGCGGUGAUCCAUGCUCGAAUUAUGAUGAUCUUAGAAGAUAUUCUUUGGGUUGCCACUUUGCCACAGAUUCGCUCAGCCAUAGCCUUUUACAGCCAUAUGAUGAAAAUCGUGAAUGCCGCCGAAAAGCCACCACCCGAUAUCCCUACCCCCUCUAAACCGAACGAAUUGAUCACAAGCUCACCAAAUCAUCAUGCAAAAAGCAACACCAAUUUUGCAAGAUUUGAUUUGGACCAGACAUCAUAUCACAUGCAGGUCAAGAAAAUUGAGCUGCAUUUGUGCGAUGAUGGAAAUACUCCUGGAGGAUAUCCGGCUGAUUGGAAUAUUGAUAGCGGAGCGAUACAGCUUACUCUCAUCGCCCUUCUCAUUGAUAUUUAUCCAAAAACGCUAGCCUCUUCAGACAGAUCUCAUUGGGUUCGUUACACAGCUCCAAACGAAAUCUCAAAAUGGAUGGAAAACAAUUUGAAGAACCAUUUAGAAAGGAUGUGUGAGAAGCAAGAAGAAACUGGUAAAAUGAGACUUCGACGUUCGUGGCCAGAUCUGAUGUCAUUUAAUGUCGUUUUCCGGGUUUAUGAUAUUAACAUACAGUGCGUAUCUGAUCGGAAAACGAAAAAGGAUGAGCUUCAAAAUAUGUUUACAUGCGACCGUCACGCUAAGAAAUCCCUCCCUAAUGAUCAAUACAUUUUAUUUGUCGAAUUCGCCAAUUACUAUCAUCCGAUGACCGAUAAAUUACCAGUUCCACCCCCCGCCACUCACGCUCAACUUGGGCCAUUUUCAUUGUUGUUUGACAAAAAUACCUUGAGAUGGUGCUUGUUUGUGCUGCAGAAUUUGCAAACGGCUAUUAUCGAAGCAGAUACUCCAGGAAUGGAGCCGAUGCCAACUAGCGACAUUCGUGUUGAUAUUGUAAUGCCAAAGAUAAUCGUGCAGUUGAGCGAUAAUACCUACGAGCAUCGGCUGCCGCAACGAAUGAUCGUCUCAUUAUCGAUGGUUUCGGCGACUAACAACAACUUUGAACUAUCCGAUCAUCCGUUUAAUGGAAUCGAUCACAAGAUGAUCGAUUUUGUCACGGCAGCUGAAUUUGAGGGCAAAUCGACGUUUAGGAGUGAUUUCAUUCAAAUGGGCAAUAGGGAAACUGUAUUUGGACUGGCUGAAGGUGAACAAUGGUGGAUCAAGACAUCGCCCUUAUGGGUCGACAUGAGUCACGGCGAAUUUGCUCAUACGAUUCCAUUAGUAACCGAUGUCUCGUUCCUUGGAACUGUCACACUUCGAAAUGAUCAGGUCAACCUCUACAUCGAACCACAAGGCAGCAUCACAGCAUAUGUUGACCAUUUCCAAUACUUGCAGCUUACCCGGCUUGUUGAUGAACUUUCUAGCUUUGCCGAUAUGCUAUCAAGCGAUCAAAAAUUCUUCACAAACGGAAAACCGCAAGAUUCAAAACUUGUUGCUGCUGUGAUCUCGCUAAAUGGGGUCUUUGUCAAAUUACUACUCCCCACAGGCCCCAUGCCCAGCCCGUACGAAAUGGCGCAACUGAAGCUACAGAGUCCAUUUCCCGGAAAGCGUAUCUGG